AUGGCGGCGUCCUCCUCCGCCUCCGCCUCGCCGCUCCUCCUCCCCUCAGGGUCGAGGCGUGCGUCGGCGUCGAGGGCGCGGCUCCGCGGCGGCGGCGCGUCCAGGAGCAGGGCGCUGGGCUCAGAGGCGCCGUGCUGCUGCAAGGCCCUCGCCGCCGCCGGAAACGCGGCGCAAUGCGGGGCGGCUGACAGUUUCGUGAUCAGCAGCGGGAGUAGCACCAGGAGGGGGCUCCUAGGGGUGGCCCUGGGAGCGUCUGCCCUGGGGCUCGCCGCGCUCGAUGCCGUCGCCGCCGGGCUGCCGCCGGAGGAGAAGCCCAAGCUCUGCGACGCCGCCUGCGAAAGCGAGCUCGAAAAUGUGCCUAUGGUAACCACAGAAUCCGGCCUGCAGUACAAGGACAUCAAAGUGGGCGAAGGGCCAAGCCCACCCGUUGGUUUCCAGGUUGCUGCAAACUAUGUUGCCAUGGUACCGAAUGGGCAGAUAUUCGACAGGUGA